AACGAAGUAUGCAGAAUUAAUUCAGACGCCCGCCAGCUUAAGAAAUCCACAGCGAGGGUUUUUUUUUUUUUUAUUUAUUUUUUCUCUUCGUCGUCCUGUUUUAAGAUACCCAGACUUCCAUCGUCUUGCCAAUUUUAUUCUUGCGACAGUAGCCAUUUUCUUUCGGGCUCUUGAAGAUUCUCCAACAAUACCUACUACUACCCCUCCUCUCCUCACCCUGACCCCAGCAUCUUCUUUGAAGCAAGAUGGGUCGCGAAGAUCAGAUUGAAGAGCGCGAAGUACUCGACUCUAUUUUCCCAGAAGAGAUUACAGACAUAUCCGACACUGCAUACCGGAUAUCAAUUACAUUAGACCCCCCUGAGAAUGACGAGCAGGAAGCUGAGCCGCCAGUCCUGGUGUUGGAAGUCUCAUACCCGGAAGAAUACCCGGAUGUUGCUCCAGAACUCGAACUUACCUCUCCGCCGAACUCAUCGAAACACCCUCGUCUAGAUAUCACCGAGGACCGCGACCGGCUUCUCGAAGCGUUACAGCCUACCAUUGAGGAGAAUAUGGGAAUGGCUAUGGUCUUCUCACUAGUUAGCGCGCUGAAGGAGAGCGCUGAGCUUCUGAUGGCUGAACGGGUCAACGCUGUCCAUGCGGAGAAAGAGAUGGAGGCCGCCAAGGCCGAGGAGGAAGAGAAUAAGAAGUUUCAGGGCACGGCUGUAAACCGGGAAACGUUCUUAGAAUGGCACGCAAAGUUCCUACAAGAGAUGGCCGAGGAGGAAAUCAGGAAGCGUGACGAGAAGGAGGCGGAGGAGAAGAAAGCUAAUAAAAAGGCCCCGGUCAAGGAAGAGAAAAAGCUUACAGGGAGACAAUUAUGGGAACGUGGUUUGGCUGGGAAAGCAGACUUUGAUGAAGAGGAUGAGGAUGCUUUGCCAGUUGCUGUGGAAAAGGUGAAAAUAUCUGCAUAGAAUAGUUGUGAACUAUCUAAGAAAAAAAAUCCUCCUUUAAAUGCUUUUCACUACCCCUCCAAUUCGCCCCUCUUGUCUGCUUCUUUAUAAUUAUUCUAACACUAGCUAUUGAAAGACUUGAGAUAUGGAACACGCUGGACUAGCCGAUGUUAAUGUACAGUAUGAUGUGUACAAACUUUAUGUAUGUCGUUGAGAUAUACUUCUUUAUCUUGAGAUUUAUUGUACAAAGUUGAGCCACGCAAAGUCGUAGACGAAUGGAGUUGGGAUAAUCAUGAGGAAUCCUC